GGGCAUGGGGGAGGCGUUGGCGCUGCUGGCGGACGACAUGGAGGAGGUGGUGGCGGAGGAGGAGCAGGAGGAGCAGGAGCCGCGGGAGGAGGAGGAGGAGGAGGAGGUGCAGGCCAAGGAGCGGGAAGAGAAGCCCCGGAAGCAGGGGCGCGCAGAGCCAGGGAGCGGACCCCCGACCUCUCUGAGCCCGCUGGAGGCGCUGGGGGCCCUUCAGUUAGAGCAGAGCGCUGUGAACGCCCAAGCCAGCGGGGCCUACUUGCGGCUCAAGCGCAGGAUCCGACGGAGGCGGGAGCCUCGUUUGGAUCGAAGAAAAGCCAUCAUCCAGGACAUCCCCGGCUUCUGGGCCAAACCUGUAUACUUGCUGCUGCUGCUACUGCUGCUGCUGCUGCUGCUGCUGCUGCUGCUGUUGCUGCUGCUGCUGCUGUCGUCCGCGGCCAGGUGUGAGCUGCAAGAGGCCCCCGUCCCGGGCAAGACUACGGGACCCCAGACACGCCCUCGGGUGGGCUCCGAGCCCGGCCUCCACCGGGCCUUCUCGUGCAGGCAGAAGCACGUGCCCUCCCCGUUGCACCCUCUGUCGGCCUUGAUCAGUGACCGAGACGAAGGUGUGCGGAGCUACAUGAUCCAGCUGGAGGCGCAGGAACUGGGCCGCCCCGAGUACCGCUGCAGACUGAUGUUCUUUUUCCGGAGCAAGCCCUACUUGUGCAACCAAGUGAUCCUUAAGGAGUAUCACCUUAGCUUCGCAGGCUAUAGGGCGUAUAGUUCCACUCCAGUCCAGUGGUUCUGGGAUUACGAACGGGGAGCCCCCAGCCGCAGGCAGGACACCGUCAGUCUUCACUUCCUCAACUGGUUGUCAGGCCACAAGUGCCCCGGGUCUAACGGGAUUGCUGAGGUGGGGGUCCCUCGGGGCCUGGUCGGAAAUGGCGACGUCGGCGGUGGCCAGCUGCUCGGGGAAGGGGUGUGGGCCCUGUCCCGACCUGCCCGUUCCCUCUGCCAGAUCAUCGGCGAGGACCUGUGGCCCAACCCCCUGCGCUGCUACCCGAGGGAGCAAGGCGCCGGGAGAGGUAACUGA